UACGCGCAGCCCCUGCCAUAAACCAUGAUCCCGCCAUGCGAUCCGGUCAUUCUUGACAACAACCCUCAAUUUAAGAGACUUUAUACCCAUCUGACGACGACUCUCUUGAAUCCCGAUGGCUCCACUCGCGCCCAGGAUGCGCAACCCGCUAGACAGGCUGUUGUGGAAGAAGUAAAAGCCUGCCGGAUACGAGACGCGAAAAAGCAAAUUAAGAAGCAAGCCUUGCGACGGCUGGCAUUCGACCCGGACAGCGGAGUACCCGACGAUUGCCGAGACCCCAUCGCCAUCAUAACCCUCUACCUCGAAUCCUCCCCCGAGUUGCUCCAGCUUGACGACGACUCCCGCGAUGCAGCCACAGACGCGCAAUUACUCCUCGCGCCCGACAUCGACGACUUCUACUCCAAUCUUCCUCUCCUAGCCACUCCGCUAUCUAAUGUCCUCUCCACAACACUCAACGACCUCCGCACAAUAGCCAACGCAGGAUCAUCCGACUCCGCAGGCUCCGGAUCUACAUCAACACCCAAUGAACCGCCCCGAACAACCCGCGCACGCAAUCGCCAGGCUAUGCUUAGGUCCGUCGCGCAGGUGCCGCUCGCCUCACAGCUCGAGGACCGGAUUCGCGCUUUGCGUCAGAUACAAUUGACGGAGCUCCCGACAGCUCGGACCCGGAUGGCUGCGACGGCGGCUGAGGUGCUCGCGACGCGGGCGGCCGUGCUGGAGCGCACGGUGAUGCUCUUAGAGAGAGCGAAACAUGGGGCGAUGGCUCGGGCGGCGAAGGCGAAGGCGGACCAUUUGCUGGCGGUGGCGCAGGGAAUAGAGGGGAAGCUUAAUCUUACGAAACUGGAUAUACUCGCGACGAUACAUACGCCGGAGGUCGUGGAUGCGCUGCAACGGUAUUAUCAGCACCUUCAGAAUACGAGGGAACGGCUGGAGGAAAGACGUGCUACGGCUUUGGAGGAGUUGAAGGACUACGAGAGUAAUAUUGAUAGAGCAGGGCGCGGACCGAUGAAGGAGCUUGCGCGACAAUAUGGGUCGUUGAUACAGGAGGUAGAGGAUGUGAGGAUGGAGAUCGAGCGACUGAAUGUAUAGUUUUAACUUUAUGAUAGAUACCCUGACACGAAC